AUGGGUUCAUUCUGGACCGAAUAUUAUCCUGAGAUUCCAAUCGAACCCGAAUUUCAAAGCAAAUACAUUCUCCCUUAUCUCCGUGAAUUCUAUGAUGAUCCCAAGGCUGUUGGAUACCCUACUAGCUGGGACACGACCGUGGACUUCUCCCAGACUUCUUUCUAUGUCCCUCAGGAAAAGAAGUACAAGGAUUUGGAGAUUGUGCAAUCUGUCAGGGAUCAUGACAUCGAAGUGAAAGGUUCGAAGUAUUCAUCCUGCUGUGGUACAUCCCAGGCUGCAUCCAUAAUGUCGAUGAAGCUUGGCGCCACAAAGCCAGAUGUCUGUCUAACAGGGUAUCACAUUGGAGAUCUCGCAGAAGAGACGUAUCGAAAAGACCCUGCGGGCGGCGGAAAUCUGGGAAUUACCGAUUGCCCCCUCAGAGCCCUCUACACUAUCAUCGAGCUCAAGUGGGUUCCUUGGGCAGGAAAAAACAAGCUCGAUCUACGGCACCUCGAUUUACACAUCAGAGACCUCGACUAUGCAAACGUGGAGGCUAUCGUUCAGACAGUCUUCUACAGCCUACUUGGUUAUGACGUCUCAAAGUGCCGUUCGGCUAUCGCAUGGGCCAACGGAAAUUACGCUCGUAUCCUGAACCUGUCUGAUCUGCCAGAAGGAGAAGAGGCAGUUUGGGAGGGCCUGACUGUGGGAAGAGGCGGUGGUCCGUCAAUCUUGGUUGAAGCCGACCCAGAUCUUGUCACCAAAAUGAGGCACAUCGGCGCGAAAACCCUGUCUGCAGAGGAGUUUGGCAUGCUUGCAACAGGAGAUCAUGACGUUGAACGCCUGUGGAAAUCACCGAAUUCCCUCAUUGCAGAUUACAACGGCUUGAGCUUGAAUCAAGAUGCCAAGGACCGCCUCGAUGCCACUAUAUAUCUGAACCUUGCCCUUGCUACUCGACAUCCGGAGGCCGUUCAAGAUCCUCCUUUUAGCAACCAUCGCCCUACGAACGUCAUGGGCCUGGACACCUCCAGAAAAGACGCAUAUAAGUGGCUCUCUGUCAGGGCGCAGAUGAGAGGAUGCCGCCGGUUGACAAAGGCAUCGACGAAGAACGCUGUUCCAGCUGCGAAUGCCGCUGUUUCUGCUUCCCAGAAUGCUGCUUCGGCUGCGAAUACCGCUGUCUCUGAUCCCCAGGUUCAGGGUGUCAGCGAGGAGGAGGAUGAAGAGGGGGAGGAUGGAGACGGGAAGAAUGAAGACGGGGAGGAUGAAGAGGAGAAGGACAAACAGGGUGGAGAUAGGCGCGAUGAGGACGAUCGGAACCCUGAUGGUAAACAUGGUGGUCAAGGCGGUGGUGCUCCUGGUGCCGGCGGUGGUGCUCCUGGUGCUGGCAAUGGCAGUGGUAAUCUUGAUCCCAACGGCGGCCGCCCUAAGCAAUCGAGACCCAGGAGCGAUCACGGUCAGGAGCCGUCUAGUAAAAGACAGAAAAGGGCCGCUGUCUCUGGACCAACCGAGUACUUGCUCCCCUCUUCUCCUAAAUCAAAGAUUGCAACUUCACCACCCUCGGGACAGAAAAGGGCCGAUGUCUCUGGAUCGACCGAGUACUUGCCCCUCAGUCCUAAAUCAAUGAUUGCAACUCCACCACCCUCGCCGUCUUCCUUUUCGACAAUAUCCUCAUGUUUCGCAAUUGAACAUCCAGUCAAUGUAGAGGAAUGGUGUUUGUCUGUCAAACAGGAGGCUUUAACCGACCGUACAUUCAACGAUACGGCCAUCCAUGAAGAACCUGAGACUUACACCGAUGCCGAGAAAGUCUUUCCCCGCGAAUACUGGUCCCACGGAGACUACAUCGACCACUUCUCGAGGCUUGGCGUCACCUUCGUGCUGGCUACGCCCACAGAGGUAGAUGUGUUGCUCGCGCGAGCCGCCAAAUUUGGCUGGGGUGGGGCGCUGGGAAGCGGGUAG